AUGUGGCUCUUAGGAUUCUCCACUGCGAGAGCCAGGAGUUUCUUGAUAAUCGGAGCGAUUCUGCUGGUGAUCCUGCUCACCAUCGCCCUGAGGAAGCUGGUCGUCUACCUAGAUUCCCGGGAAGACCCCGGGGGCAGCGGCGACGAGGAGAAGCUGCAGGACUUGUCGAAGGCCACGUGCUCAGUGAGCUGCGCGGCGGUGAUCAGGACGUACGCGCUCGAGGAGCUCAGGUGCGCAACGAGGAACUUCAGGGUCAGGAUCGGGGUCGGGGCCACGUCUUACGUGUACCUGGCCGAGCUCGGGGAUGGGAGGUUCGGCGCGGUGAAGCGGGUGAUGGAGGAGAGGGGAGGGAGCAAGAAGAUGUUCUUGGAUGAAGUCUCGGUCUUGCUCAGGAUCUCUCAUCCUAACUUGGUGGGCUUGUUGGGUUUCUGCUUAGAGGCAGGAGAACAACUGCUCCUACUCGAGUAUGUUCCAAACAAGAGCUUGUUCGACAAGAUGCAUACUCAGCGCGGCCAGUCGGCCGGAACGCUCUCCUGGUCGAGCCGCUUGAGCAUAGCACUAGAUAUAGCGCGGGCCCUCGACUACCUCCAUUCGCAAGCGGACCCGCCGAUCAUCCACCGGGACAUCAAGUCGGCAAACGUCCUCCUGAUCGACAACGACCACGCCAAGCUCGCCGACUUCGGGCUCUGCAAGUUGGGCUAUGAGAGCUACUAUUCCCAAACUCCGUGCAUCAUCAAGGGCUCCUUCGGUUACGUCGACGUGAAUUACCUGAAGACGGGCCACGUGUCGCCUAAGAGCGACGUGUACAGCUUCGGAGUUCUCCUGCUCGAGCUAAUCACCGGGCUGAAAUCAAUGCAAGGCUCAGUGACGUUGCCCGAGUGGACCGAAGAUAGCCGGAAGCGCAAAGAAGACGAGGCAUUGAUCAAAAUGUUGGAUCCGAAACUGAACGACGAUGUCAAUAUGGAUCAACUGAGGAUGUUGGUUGACAUCGCUAAUUCGACUUUGGUGGAUUAUUCUGAAGCUAGACCUGAGAUGGGCCACAUCGUGCAUAGGCUUUCCAGUUGCAUGGAACUACAAUUUCAACCAGAAUUACCUGUUUAA